UGAGGAGAGCCCAGAAGCUUCUCGUGGGAGGAAAGGAUCAACACGAAGCAAGCGGCGGCUGACGGCAGGCGCUCACGUGACGUAGCGUGACGUGGACUAGAGCAGCAACAGCUGAGGCAGUAGCUGCAGUAGCAAUCGUAAGAGGAGGGUCUUUUUCCCCCCGCGUGCGCUUCAGCAAUUAUUCAUGCUGUGUUCCAGUUUGCAGUAAUGGAUCAAGAACAGAAUUCAGCUAUGCAAGAGGAUGUGAAAGUGAAGGCAAUAGAAGAAGAGUAUAAGAAAGCGUUUGUGUUUAUUAAUAAAGCCCUGAAUACAGAUGAGGUGGGACAGAAGGAAGAUGCCAGGAAUUAUUACAAGAAGGGUCUCAACCACUUGCUCAGGGGAGUUAACAUUCCAUCCCAUGGUCCUGAAUGCACGGGCGCCAGGUGGGAGUCUGCCAGGCAGAUGCAGCAAAAAAUGAAAGAGACUCUACAAAAUGUCAAUGCCCGGUUGAGCAUUCUGGAUGAAAGUGCACAACCUAAUCCUAGUGCAGUGUCCUCCGCUAGAGAGAUGCCCAGGUUAUAUCCAUCAAUUCCUCCCAAAGAAAAGCCACAGAGGCCUCCUGUACCAAAUUCACUGAUGUCACCAUCUCAGCCACUUCCAACAGGUGCAUCUACAAGCCAAGGGCAGAUGGCUGUGAUGAGUCCUUCAUCUUCACAGCCCAUUGAAGCACCCCCUGCUUAUACCCCUGAAGCCACUGAUGGGCACUAUACCGUGUCGUACGGGACAGACUCUGGAGAGUUCUCAUCCGUUGGAGACGAUUUCUACACCAAGUGCACGCAACCACCUCCUGUUCAGAGCCUUGGAGUAGAUGCUGAUGAACUGAUCCUCAUUCCCCAUGGUGUGCAGAUAUUCUAUGUGGCCCCUGACGGACAAGUCAGUGCUCCCUCAUAUCCUGGAUACCUCCGCAUUGUGAAAUUUUUGGACACUGAUGCUGCAGCAGCCCAGAAUCGCCCCCCUGCUUUCCUUCAGGUUUGUGACUGGCUGUAUCCCCUUAUGCACAACCAGUCACCUGUCCUCUCCUGUAACACUGGAGUCUAUAUGUUCCCUGACGUGAUGUCUCAGGUGUCGGGAUCGUAUGUGGGAGUAGUUUUAUCUUCAGAACUUCCAGCUGCUGACAGAGAACUGUUUGAAGAUCUGCUAAAACAGAUGUCUGACCUUAGAGUGCAGGUUCCAGGAUCCCAUGGGGGAAUAGGGUUACCGUCAGAACGCUCAAGAUCUUGCAAAGAGCUUUUUGAGGAUCUGUUAAAACAGAGAUCUGAACUCAGAGCCAAGCCUGCAGAGGCUUCAAGUGAUGUCAUCAACCUUGGUGAGAUUGUACCUAUUCAACCUAUACCUGAAGAGAGAGAGAGAGAGUUGCCUGACUGGAGUGAGAAAGUAGCCCAUGGAAUCUUAACAGGAGCGUCCUGGGUGAGCUGGGGCCUGGUCAAAGGAGCAGAAUAUACUGGGAAAGCAAUCCACAAAGGAGCUUCUAAACUAAGAGAACACAUACAACCAGAGGAAAAGCCUUUGGAAGUCAACCCAACUGUAGCAAAGGGGCUACAUGUAGCAAAGCAAGCUACAGGAGGAGCUGUAAAAGUCAGUCAGUUCUUAGUUGAAGGUGUGUGUUCUAUAGCAAGUUGUGUUGGAAGAGAGUUAGCCCCUCAUGUCAAGAAGCAUGGAAGCAAACUGGUUCCAGAAUCCCUUAAGAAAGACAAAGAUGGAAAGUCUACUUUUGAUGGGGCUCUGGUUGUCGCAGCAAGCGGAGUUCAAGGGUUUUCAACAAUAUGGCACGGUUUGGAAAGUGCUGCAAGAUGCAUUGCUAAAAAUGUAUCUAAAGAGACGGUUCAGACUGUCAAGUACAAGUAUGGGGAUGAUGCUGGACAUGCCACAGAUGAUGCAGUAAAUUCUGCCAUCAACGUUGGUGUGACAGCUUUCAAUAUUGACAACAUUGGAAUCAAAGCUAUGGUGAAGAGAACUGCAAAGGAAACGGGACAUGCUGUGUUGGAUGAAUAUAAAAUUAUAGAAAAGGAUGAAUCUAAAGCUAUUGAAAAGAGAGAGAAAAAAGAAGAUGGAUGCUGAAGACAUUGUGUGAUUGAAUUGCCCAAAGCCUUAAUGUAUGCUGUAACUUAUUCAAAAGUAUUAACAGAUGCUGUAUUUUUCUAACUUUUAAGACUCCUGGACUUAAUUAUUGAAGUUGAAACUUAGCCUCUUCUAACAUAAAUGGUUUCAAGUAUCCAUAGCUCCCAUAUUACUGCAAGACUUAGAAAUGAAUUUUCAGUAGCAUUAAAUUUGCACAAGGGUACUCAAUAUUUUUCAAAUUAAAGUGGAAAAUCUGAAUCUAGUUUCAUGUAUAGUGGGACUAUUUUUGUAACAAUACAGACAAAAUAUAUUGGAAUAACUAAUCAUUGGAAUAGUUACUGAAACUGAACAGUCUAACGGAAUACAUUACUUCAGCUUUAUGCAAACAACUGGCAAAGCUAGUAAGUUAAAACUAGGGGCAGUAUCCUACUACUGCUGCAAUGGGGCGCUAGGCAUUCCAAAAAGUCAAAAUGAACAUGGCAGUUCAAGUUCCACUGAUCUGUCCUGAUCGGGAAAGAAGCGUUUCCACUUGUUUCCAGGAUUGCUUUUCUCACUGCUGGCUCCCCAUUGUGUGAGCAAACCAAAAAUUGCAACCAAAACCAAAAAUUGAAAUGUACCACUAAUCCGUUCUUUCCUGGAUUAGUGAUACAAAACAGUUAACCAAACUUUGUGAAAUCCUCGAUUUUUGGGGACUCAGUUGCCAGCUUUGGUAGGCAGGACUUAUAGUUGGCAUUAUUCAGCCUGUCUGUGGGAACAGACUUUCUCUUUAGGGCUGAGAUUCUGUGAAAGCUUUAAUUGUGCUCUGUAUUUGUUAUAGGAUCACCCUACUGUAAACUGAAAGCCUGCAUUAUUCAGAAGUGAAUCUUGUUGCCUUGUGAUGGAAUGCGAUGAAUUUCCUAUGUUGGAUGUUAAACUUUGCUCCACUUCACUAUCUAAUAUAAAAGUUCAGUUACUGUUAAUGUGGGAGUCUUCCAUGUGUUACAAUGUCUUUUGGUUCAGAUUUUGACAUAAAACCUAUUGUGAGGUUUCACAGCUGCUAAAAUUGGUAGGGUUGAUAAAAUCUACAGCAGAAAUAUAAUGCCACUUAAGAGGAACACAUCCACUGUUUAAGGAGCUAACCACUUGCAAUGUCUUAUAAAUAUAAAACUAUAAAUAAACUUAUGAUGCAUA